UUGAAGUCGAGAAUUACAAUUGUUCUUUUUUAAAUUAAUGGCUGAAUUUGAUCUGUUAUUCGAACAAGAUUAUCUUUUUAAUGAUUUCCAGAUCCCACCGGAAGUUUCGGGCAGUGAUUCCUCCGUCAACGGCGACGGCGGGCAAUGCUGGUCGGAGAUGAUUGAGGAGUUACUGAGCUGCCGUGAGAUCGACGCGCCGCUGGGGGCGGCGGCGGAUCCCGCCAUUGUCUCGGAUGGAGACAGCUGGCUUAAGUACAACGACGGCGUCGCUGAAGCGGCGGCGGCGGAAGUAGCGGCGGCGCGUGGGGGGCCGCGAGUGGAAUGGAGGCGGUACAGAGGGGUGCGGCGGCGGCCGUGGGGGACGUUUGCGGCGGAAAUUAGGAAUCCGGCGAAGAAAGGGAGCCGAAUGUGGCUGGGGACGUACGGAACGCCGGAGGAGGCGGCGCUGGCUUACGACCGAGCCGCGUUCAGGCUGCGCGGCGCCAAGGCGAAGGUGAACUUCCCGCACCUGAUCGGCUCGGGUGAUAGCUCGGAGCCGGCUCGGAUGACUAAGCGGCGCCGAGUCGAUCAGAUUCAGACUACUUCGUUUUCGUCGUCUGAUUUUUAAGGAUUAAUUAAUCAUAAUAUGCCCUGCCCCGAUAAUUAAUUAAGGGGUUGUUUGGUUGAGUUUUAUAAAACCUCAUUUUCACUGUGUAUAGAUAGUAAUUUGCU